AUGCCGCAUAAGAAGCCAUCGUCUAGUCGACCUAGUUACAUGAAUAACAAAUUGCACUUACCUCCAGAAUUUGAACAGGAAAUCCCAUCAAAACCAUCAUGGACUAAACCACAGCAAGCAAGUUAUCCAUCAUCCUGGGCUCCUGACGAGGGACGACGCCCACACAAGCCAAAUUGUGAUAACCAUGAAAAUUAUUCCGAUGACGAUUCAGUGUAUUACGGUAUGUCCGAUUCUGUAGUGACUGAUCAGCGACCUGUAAACUACCCUUAUGAAUACGAGGCUCUUCAUCAGUCGCCGAGUUCAUCACAGAAGCGUCCAUUCAGGCGACCAACUCAAGUAGUGUAUGCUGGAGGUCCUGAAUAUGAAAACGAUCGCGUUUCAAGACCACCACACGGUGAUGGCCAGUGGGUUUUGUUAUCAACAACGAAAGGAUACCGAAAUAAGAAGCGUCAAAGAUCUUUAAAUCCGCCAGCUGAUGACCGCGCAGAUGUAUCAACUAUGACAUCACACCAAGCUGUAGCGUUGACUGUGUUACCGGUGGAUAAAGCUCGCACUAAUAUGACAACGUCACAUGGCGGCAUGUUAGAAGUAGAAAAGAGUUUCCAAACUGUUGAAGAAUCAAAAAGGGAUAUGGACAAGAAGAAUGACUUAGAUGUUGCAAUGACACAGUUUAGGCCAGUUGUGAAUAAGAAUAGACUUGUAAAGAGGAAGAUUGUGUCUAAUGUGUCUCCAGACAGCUCGACGUUGUUAGCUGCAGUAGGUGCUGGCAUGGUACCAGCCACCAUGGCCAUGGUGGUACCCAUGAUGUUAGGGAAACGGAGGAGAAGAGAAAUAAAUAGAACACCAGAUGAUUCUCAAUUAGACAAUUUAUUAUUAUAUAAAUAUUGA